AUGAAGCCGACGGAUAAGGGAGGAAGGAGAGGGGAUGGAUGCGGAGGGGCAGCAUUCUGGAGUGGUAGGCCGGCGGUUAAAGGGGGUGAUGGGGCCAAGCAGGAGAGAGAGGGGGGCAACGGGGAGAGGAGAAGAUGGGAUUUGGACAAGUGCUUUUGUUCUUUUACUGCCACUCUCUGUCGUUAUCAGACGGCGCUGGACCUCCGCAGGGUCGUUUUUGAAAUCGGUUCGGUGGACAAAAGGGAGGGGGGGAAAGGAAAGGAGGAGGAGGGUGGAAUAGGGGGCGAGCAGGCAGGUGGAGGAAGGAUUUUGCAUAUAAAAGACAAGACUCGUAGCCGAGUUCUUUGGUUCGCGCCCUCUUGUUGUUUAUCUUUUUUUUCUUGUCCUUUUUCUCUCUCUGCUUCUGGUUGGUUGUUGAAACAACACACCUCCCUCCAAACAAAGCAUUGCGUUUGCGUUUGCGUAUUUGUUUUUUGGUACUACGUUUUUUGGGCAGCAUUUGCAAAACCUCUUUUUUAUAUAUAUUUAUCCUAUUUCCAUGGGGACUUUUUUUUUCAUUUUUUUCAUCAUCGUCCGUGUUGUUGUCGAGGUCGUGGCCGUUGUGGUUUGUCCCCCCCCCCCCCCCCCCCCCCCCCCGGAGAACUGGAUUCACCUAAAUGUUGGUUCUGCUUUUUCGGUUCUGGUUGUUAUGGCGGGGUCUGGAAGUUGGUGGUUUCAUCUGGAAAGGUUCGAGGGCGGGAAGUGCAGUUUUGUCUGUGA